AUGAUGGUCCACUGCGCCGGGUGCGACAGGCCCAUCCUGGACCGGUUCCUGCUUAACGUGUUGGACCAAGCCUGGCACGCCAAAUGCGUCCAGUGCUGCGAGUGCAACUGUAAUCUGACAGAGAAGUGCUUCUCCCGGGAUGGGAAGCUCUAUUGUAAAAUUGACUUUUUCAGGAGGUUUGGGACGAAGUGCGCAGGAUGUCUCCAAGGCAUCUCUCCCAGUGAUCUGGUGCGCAAGGCGCGCAGCAAGGUGUUCCAUCUCAACUGCUUUACGUGCAUGGUGUGCAACAAGCAGCUGUCCACCGGCGAGGAACUCUAUGUUAUCGACGAAAAUAAAUUUGUUUGUAAAGAAGACUACCUGAGCUCAGGGGCGAUCAAGGAAGUCAACUUGAAUUCAGUGUCAUCAUGCACAGACAGAAGUUUAUCGCCGGACCUCCAGGACCCGAUGCAGGACGACACAAAAGAGACGGACAAUUCCACAUGCUCAGAUAAGGACACGAACAAUAACGAGAAUGAGGAGCAGAGUUCGGGUACGAAGCGGCGAGGUCCGCGAACCACCAUCAAAGCCAAGCAGCUGGAAACGCUGAAGGCUGCCUUCGUGGCCACGCCGAAACCCACCCGACACAUCCGAGAACAGCUGGCCCAGGAGACGGGACUCAACAUGCGGGUUAUACAGGUGUGGUUCCAGAACCGUCGGUCUAAGGAGCGGAGGAUGAAGCAGCUGAGUGCUCUGGGGGCCCGGCGGCACGCCUUCUUCAGAGGGCCCAGGAGGAUGAGGUCCAUGGGGGGACGACUGGAGGACCCAGACAUACUGGGGCCUGGGGCCUACGGAUACUACACAGAGUACCAGGGCGACUACUACGGAGGGGGAACCUAUGAAUUCUUCCCCCACGGCCCUCCCUCCUCUCAGGCUCAGUCUCCAGCAGAAUCCCCCUACAUCCAUGGAGGGGCCAUGGAGGGCUCUGUGUCAGCCCUCCACCCCUCUGACGACCAGAGGUUCACGGACAUGAUCUCCCACGCAGACACCCCCAGCCCAGAGCCCGGCCUGCCCAGCUCCCUGCAUCCUGUCCCUGGUGAGGCAUACGGAGGGGGGCCCAGCCCACCAUUCUCCCUGGCUAGCAACUCCAGCUACAGCGCCCCCAUGUCCCACCCUGGACAGGAGAUGGGAGAGACCACCGUCUGGUAGACUAGACCCUGGGUCUGGGAAAGGGAUGAGGGUUUCGUUGGGGGGAGGGUCAACUUCCCAUUUUCGAUUCAAUCUACACGGGAGAUGAAUUUGAAGACAUUAUGAAUAAGUAGUUAUGAAUUAAAAAUGGCGUUUAUGUAUUUGUUAAUGGGGAUUUUUCUAUUCACGGAUUCACGUAUUUUUGAAUUGACUUGCUGAAUUGAUGGAGUUGAAUUGGAAUUGUUCCCCCUGACUCUUAUCCUUCACGUGAAGGACUGAGGAUGGAAGAUGGGGUGGCUUUGCUGGACAUAUCUGAACUUUGUUGUACUAUUCGCUGCCCUAUUCGGCUCCGUUAGUAGAAAUACAUUCCCACCCACCUCUGGGAAAAAUGAACUGGGAUUGGAGAAAGGAAGACAGCGGUUCCUCUUGCCCCAGUAUCACCCCACUCCCCCCACUAAGGACACGUGAUAUUGCAGAGAGAGAUAAAGAAAGAAUACAAGCCAAAAGGAACGCUUUAUGUAUUUUAUUUUUUGGUUUCAAAACGGUCUUGGUUUUUUAUUCUAGCCUACUGUUUCUUAAAAGCACAGUGUUGUAGGUCUAACUGGUCAGUUCCUCUUCUGCAUAACAGAUGUUUUACUGGUACAUCAGUCUCCUAUUGUAAUAUUGCUUCCAAUA